AUGGCGUCAGAGGUACUAUCCCCUUCAAUACGCUCGGAGCAAGAUACAACCUCGGUGCCAGCGAGAUAUCAAUGUCAUGUCUGCUUGAAACGCUACAAGCGCCGCGAACAUCUCUUUCGGCACACCAGCUCGCAUACAUCAGAGCGCCCAUACCGUUGCGACUCAUGUGAUGGUUCGUUUCAGCGUGCAGAUGUUCUGAAACGACAUCUUCGCACAUGUGAUGGUGGGAGUUCGAGGUCGGGGGGCCGUCGGAGGGCGUGCGACAGAUGCGUCCGCCAGAAGAAAGCCUGUAGUGCCAAUCAGCCGUGUCAAAAUUGUUCAAGAAAAGGCGUCGCUUGUUUCUAUUCUACUGCCCCGGAAUCGGAAGAGAAGCUGAGUCAAGCUAUCUCCCGCGACCACGAUGGUUCUAUUGGAGAUUCAGUGCCACAGGACGGAGCCUCCUCGAUGUUAAUAGAUCCAACCAUUCCGUCAGAUUCAUCGAUUCAGUUACCCUGGACGCAACAGAACAGCGGAGUUUUCGCGACAAGCCCACUCGAUAAUCUAUUCUGCCGGCCUUUUCUUGAGUCCGCUAGCCCGACCUGGCAAGACUAUCUUCUCCUAGCAUCAGAGAGCCAAGUCCUUAGGGAUAACCCUCUCUUGGAUACGGGGAGAAGCCAGUCAUUGCGUUUUCUCGACCGAUUUACCAGCAAUACUGGCCUGCUUCUGAGUUUUGACUGUGGGACUCAGGUGCAACGUGAGAGUGUUGCUGCGCAACUAGAAGUUGAGAGUCACCAAGAAAUCGGACAGACGUAUACGUCAAGCAACUCAACAUCGCUAGGCUUACAAGCUGUUGUUGAAUCACCUCCGCUACUGGAUAACCUGAGCGAUGCUAGUACCGUUGACUGCAUCCCAAUUAACUGGCUCUGUGACCCACUGUCGCUAAAAACGCAUGAGAUUCUUCUGCUCAUUGAAGAAGUCGUUACAAUCAAACCCAGAAAUAGCUCUGUGACACUAGAUUGGUCAUCCGCUCUGAAAAAUGCGUGUCUACAAUUCUUUUCACCGGCAAAUUUGCGACGGUUCCUUGGUUUCUACUGGGCGAUCUGGCAUCCGAAUGUCAAUUUUAUUCAUCGACCCAGCUUUGAUCCGAUAUCAGCGAAGCCUGCCCUUGUAGCUGCGAUGGCAACUAUCGGAGCGUGUGUUUCACCCGAUAUGCCAGAUAAUGAAGAUGCUAGGACAUGGUUCAACUGUGUUGAAGAGAUGGUCUUCAUAGAUGACGACUUCAACAGUGACGCGAUCUACUCUACCUCGAACAAUAUGUCUAUCCACCGACGAAAGAUUCAGGUUCUGCAAGCUGCAUAUAUUGUUUGUCUUUACCAAAACUGGGAAGGCACGGACUCAAGCAAAAGUCGAAUUCGCCGGAACAGGUUUGCGACCUUGGUAUCUACGGCACGAGACAUUGGAAUAACAACGGCGACGCAUUUGAACUAUGCUGAGAUGGGUCGGCAUGAGUUUGAGUGGAAGGGAUAUGCCACUCGCGAAGAACUAAUCAGGAUGUUCACAUGGAUCUUCCUCCUCGAUACAGCUUUUGUUAUUUUUAAUAAUCUUCCUCCGCGCAUGGUUAUCAAGGAGAUGAAGAUGCACCUCGCAACACCCGAGAGCUGCUUCCAAGCAUUGACUGCAGACGAAUGCCAUCGGGAAAUCCAAACACACCUUCCAUGUGGAAACGCAUAUUGGAAUCUCUCUUUCCGUGGCGCAUUCGAGGCACUUGCAAAGGACACAUUUUCGCCAAGCAUGCGCCAGAUCAUAGCCGCAUCAGGGCCUUUGAAUCUCUUCGCACUUACAUCCGCCAUUCAUUCACAAAUCUUCCAAUACCGCAGUUCAGUCAGCAGCUCCCAAAAUCUGACACCAAUACGCAACACCCUCCAGAACUGGUGCGAUUCUUGGCAGCUUUUUGCCUCGACAUUAUCCGCUGGCUUACCUCCACACGUAACUGUCGAUGAUACGAGCAUUUUACCGCAAGACAUGUGGAAGAGAAUUGGGUUCUGCCGGUACUGCCCUGAAUUUUGGCUAUUAGGAAGCUUGAUGACAGAGCGUCUGGCACUAUUGGGAGAUUUACCGCAAGGGAACGAUCUUGCUCCUCUCGAAGAUAGUGCAUUGGAUCCAAUUCUGAACAAAUAUGAUCAGACUAGUAUGCGGCAAGUCAACAACCUGAUCGUCGGGUUCCAAACGUUUCAGCUGUGA